UUCCUAGGAAACGUGGACUCCGCGUUCAACUCCCCGUCGCUGCCCUCUUGACGUCACGGUCCGGACAGGAGGGCGGGGCGAGUGCUACCGCCAGGGGCGGGGCGGCGCGGGCCGGCCGGGCUGUGCACCUGCGCCUCGGCGGUCCGCCUGGGGCAUCAUCCCCGGCCCGCCUGGCCCCGCCAUGGCCAGGCCGCAGAGGACUCCGGCACGCAGUCCCGACAGCAUCGUCGAGGUGAAGAGCAAAUUUGAUGCCGAGUUCCGACGCUUCGCGCUGCCCCGCGCUUCGGUGAGCGGCUUCCAAGAGUUCUCUCGGUUGCUGCGUGUGGUACACCAGAUCCCGGGCCUGGACGUGCUGCUUGGCUAUACGGAUGCUCACGGCAACCUACUGCCCCUCACCAACGACGACAGCCUGCACCGGGCCCUGGCCAGUGGGCCCCCGCCGCUGCGCCUGCUAGUGCAGAAGCGGGAAGCUGAUUCCAGUGGCCUGGCCUUUGCCUCCAACUCUCUGCAGCGGCGCAAGAAAGGGCUCCUACUUCGGCCAGUGGCAUCCCUGCGCACGCGGCCACCCCUGCUAAUCAGCCUGCCACAAGAUUUCCGCCAGGUUUCUUCAGUCAUAGAUGUGGACCUACUGCCUGAGACCCACCGACGGGUGCGGCUGCAUAAGCAUGGUUCCGACCGCCCCCUGGGUUUCUACAUCCGAGAUGGCAUGAGUGUGCGCGUAGCUCCCCAGGGCCUGGAACGGGUUCCAGGCAUCUUCAUCUCCCGCCUGGUACGAGGGGGCCUGGCUGAGAGUACAGGGCUGCUGGCAGUCAGUGAUGAGAUCCUCGAGGUCAAUGGCAUUGAGGUAGCUGGGAAGACCUUGGACCAAGUAACAGACAUGAUGGUCGCGAACAGCCACAACCUCAUUGUCACUGUCAAGCCAGCCAAUCAGCGCAAUAAUGUGGUGCGUGGGGCAUCUGGGCGUCUGACAGGGCCUCCUUCUGCUGGGCCUGGGCCUGCUGAGCCUGAUAGCGACGAUGACAGCAGCGAUCUGAUCAUUGAGAACCGCGAGCCUCCCUGUUCCAAUGGGCUGUCUCAAGGGCCUCCAUGCUGGGACCUGCGCCCAAGCCGCCUACUUCCUGAUGCCCGCAGCUCUCUGCCCUCCCUGGAUGAUCAGGAGCAGGCCAGCUCUGGCUGGGGGAGUAGCAUUCAAGGAAAUGGUAGUGGCUUCAGCCUCUGACAGGCAAAGAUGCAGCCCCUUGCCCUUCCCGGCUGCUGGGACAUGGCAGGGACUUCCCCAGUGGGGUUUUUUAGCUUGCUCAUGGGGCCCUCUCAG